UCUUGAGCACGGAAGGAAACAAUAUGUGUCGGAUGCAAAGUGCAAAUGAUAACUUGUGAUGUAUUAAUUUUCUGUGAUCGUACGUCCAACUCCUUUUUUCCAUCUGCAGUUUCUACGAUCAGUUUCUCUUUGACAAUGAAUCAAAACUUUGAUUUUCGCCUCAAUGAUCCAACAAGUGAAAUAUACAAAACAUAUAAAACAGAUAUUGAAAAUGCAGUGGAGAACAACUUUAGAGAAUUACAAGGUUAUAAAGUUGAUUCAGCAGCUGUCACAAGUUUCAGGUCAGGUAGUGUGAUUGUUGACUUCUCCCUUCAGUCGACAAAUCCAAGCAUUAGUUUUCUGGAUGCAAGUGAAGGUGUCAUAAAGGACCUUAAGGCAAAAAAAUAUGAAUUGGCUGAUAACCCCUUUGUUGUAAGUGAAAGGACAGUCUUGAGAGAGGGCACAGGCGCUAUUUUUCCCUUGGAAAACAUGGUGUUAAAAUGCAGUGGUGUGACUGAAUGGAGAUUUAAUGGGCAGAAAAUUUCUGGCUCUUCUGAAAGACUCAACAUUCCAAAAGUCAGCUCCACUAACAAUGGUCGUUAUGAGUGCAUAUCAACAAAAAACUCAGUGCCUUUUAUUCAGUGGGAAAGAAUUGAUAGCAUAAAACCAUACCCAAUCAUUCAAAAGAGUGAAAACAAAACCAUCCAGUGUAAAGACAGGCAAAGUUUGACCCUGCAGUGUUGUUCAAGCUCAGAUUAUGAAGUUGAGAUGGUGAAAGUGGUUGACGUCAAUAAUUAUCUCCAGGAGCAAGGGCCAUCUGAGAAUUGCAGGUAUUCAUACCUUAUACAGAACUGCAGAAAAGAUCCAGGAGAAGCUGUGCUCAGCUGCAAAAUAAAAAACCCUAAAUUGCAGAACUUUGGUUACAGUUCAAAAAAUGUGACCUUAAGUUUUAAAGAAGAAGAGUUUGCCUGUUCUGAUGAAACAUUUGGCGCUGGAAAUGAUGGCCAAGAAGCUAAAGGGGACUGUGAAGGAGAUGAAGUUGGUACUGUUACAGCAGUAUGUCAGCAGAAGGAUUGGGAGAUUAUAGAAGAUGCGUGUGUUUUGCUUGUGAUCCAAGAGCUGGAAGAUGAAUCUAAGAUUUUGUCAGCAGAUACCCUACCAGAGUUUGUGGAAAGAUUAAGUAACACCACAUUGGAAAAUGAAGAACGGAUAACUAACUCAACAGCAAAUAUGAGAAGUGUUGUAAAUAUCCUGAAUAAUGUUGCAAACACUUCACGAGGCUUUACAAUCAGCGUGGAUGUCAUAGAGAAUUUCCUCAACGCCUCAACCGUCCUUGUGUCCAAUUCUACCGUCAAUGUCUGGAAGCGUUUAAAUGAUGGCAAUACAACAAGGAAUGUCAGUGCAUCUUUGCUGGGCUCUAUUGAAGUUAUUGUGGGAUCCCUGCAAGAUGACACAUCCUUUGUAACAGGAACAGAUAUCAUCCAACUACGCCAAACUGUUGUCAACAGCUCAUACAAUGAGACACUAGGAGUGGAUUCGUCUGCUGCAAUCUUCAUCCCAGAGGGAGGGAACCUUACAGUUACUGUUACGCCCCCUGGUGGCUCGGAGUGGGACGCAACAUAA